AUGCAGAAAUGGUCUAUCAGGCUGGAACUCGACCAUGCCGGAACUUCUUCCCUGCCGGAAUCGACCACCACGAAUGGCGUCAACAUACUCCACUGCCCUUUUCUACCAUCUCGUCCUGAUCCCGAUUUCUAUGAUCUCCCUUUACCCGAUUUGAACUCCAUUGCGGUUGUUGGAAUCGACGAUCGCUAUCUCCACCGUUGUUGGCGUAGCGGAAGUGGUGGUCGUACCAUCAUAGUCACCUUCAAAGUAACUAGGAUUGGAUUGAGUCUUCUUGGGUUUUGAAAAAUCGGUUGAUUGAUGGCUAUAGUUGCUUUACAGAGAGACUGUGUUGAUCUUGUUGCUGUUAACGAUCAGCUCAUCUUUGUGGAGUACAUGGUUUGGAACUUUGAUAAUUUGAUUGUAUCUAGAGUAGAUCUGGGUUUUGAAGGUUUUGAGUUUUGAUAAUAAUGUUUUUAACUUAGUCAAUUUCAUGUUUUCUAAUGCAAAUUCAUGUCUUAUUUGUAGGACAAACUACUUCUGAUGCUAGAUGCUGACAGAUGGCAUGGAGAAGCUUGAAAGCAGGGUGGUGUCCAUAUGUAUUAUGUUAAAUGAGAUCUGGAAUCCAGAUCCAUAUGUACACUAUAAUGGGAAAAUGUGAAAGUAGAACCUGUAUUAGAAGGAAG